AGAUUCAACCAAUCACACACGACUUUCCGUUGAUCUAUUGAUAUUCAUCACUUCGCAUUCCAUUCCACCGGAAACUUAGCCGGCGAACGAAUCAAAUCAACCGAGAAAGCAAGGUUCUCGAUCUAUCACCUCCUUCACACCUUCCCUUCAGGUCUGCAUGUAUGAUACUCAAAAGCCCUAGAUUAGCAAUAGAUGUACAACAACAACAUGGGACCACAGCCAGGGAUGCCAAUGCCUCAGGCCGUUCCUCAGCCUAACCCUUUCGGCAAUGCCUUCUCUGGACCUGGCUCUGGCCUUAUCCGGAGUGGCCUGGGUGCUUAUGGGGAGAAAAUAUUCGGAUCCAGCUCUGAGUAUGUGCAGAGCAACAUAACUCGUUACUUCUCCGAUCCUCAAUACUAUUUCCAAGUGAAUGACCAGUACGUGAGGAACAAGUUGAAGAUUGUUCUGCUUCCUUUCCUUCAUAGGGGUCACUGGGCUAGAAUCUCUGAACCUGUUGGUGGUAGACUUUCAUACAAGCCUCCGAUAUAUGAUAUUAAUGCUCCAGAUUUAUACAUUCCGCUCAUGGCCUUUGGCACAUAUCUUGUUCUCGCUGGUUUAUCACUAGGACUCUUUGGGAAGUUUUCUCCGGAAGCUCUGAACUGGCUUUUUGUGAAAGGAAUGGUUGGAUGGUUUAUGCAAGUCAUGCUGCUGAAGAUGACAUUGGUUUCAUUGGGUAGUGGAGAAGCACCACUCUUGGAUAUCGUGGCGUAUGCAGGGUAUGCUUUCACGGGUCUCUGCUUAGCUGUUCUUGGCAAGAUCAUGUGGGGAUACUCUUACUAUGUUCUGAUUCCGUGGACCUGCUUGUGCACCGGGGUUUUCUUAGUGAAGACAAUGAAGCGAGUUCUCUUUGCUGAAGCUAGGAGUUAUGACUCGAGCAGGCAUCACUACCUCUUGAUCUUUGUAGCGUUAGCUCAGUUCCCUCUUUUGAUCUGGCUUGGUAACAUUAGUGUCAAUUGGCUCUUUUGAAAUGACAUUACGUUUUACAUGUUGUGAAAAAAACACCAUUGGGGCGUCUCAAUAUUCUGUUUUGAAUGUCA